GAGAGAGAGAGAGAGAGAGAGAGAGAGAGAGAGAGAGAGCGCUAUGAGGUGAAAAACCAAAAAAUUAAUGGCGGCAGAAUUUUCCCUCCACUUUUGAAAAACCCUAUGACCGUCAUCAUCUUCUCCAUAUCUAUAAGGAAUUCGUUUUCGAAUUUCCCUCAAUCCCCUCCUCCCGAAACCCUUCCCUCCAUCCCCCAAAAUCCUCUCUCUCCGUCGAUCUUUAUCUAUCAGCUCCACCUCUAUCACUCUGCUCUGCCGCUCUCCCGCUCCAGUCCUCACACCCAUGGAGAUCGAGACCGAUUCCUGCCAUAACCUCCUCCUCGAAGGCGGACCCAGCUCCCAUCCGCCGAGGCCCUCCCUCCUCUGCGGCGAGGCCCCCAAAGCCGAAGCCGAAGCCGAAAUCCCUGUGCUGAUGGUCUCCCCCGUUUCUUCCCCCCAGAAAACCCUAACCGUCCCCUCGGCCCCCGCAGAGUUAGGCGGUCAGCAGUCGCCGGACCCGGAUUCGCCCCCAGAUCUGACAGAGUCGACCUCAGCUCAGCCGCUGAUGCUCACCUGCGGGCCAAUGUACCGUCCUUCGCGUUACACGUGGGGUCAGCCGUGGGAGAAUCAUCUCGACGGUUUCUCGCCUUUCGCCAGAAGAGUCAUUCCGACUGGAGUCGGCGCCGGGCUGGAUAAUCUGGGCUUGACGUGCUUCGUGAAUGCUGUUCUUCAAUGUUUCACACACACUGUUCCACUUGUUCAGAGCCUUCGUUCUUGGGAUCAUGCCGAUCCAUGCGACCGUGAUAGAGAGGGCUUCUGCCUUCUCUGUGUUCUUCGUGGCCACAUUGAAAUGUCUUUAGAUUCCUCGGGCAAGGUUAUUUCGCCUAUGAUAUUAGUGGACAAUUUGGACCAAAUAGCAUCCUAUUUUCAGAGGCAUCAGCAGGAGGAUGCUCAUGAGUUUCAGCAGGCCAUGUUGGAUAAACUGGAACGGUGUUGCUUGGAUCAAAAGAGAGAUUCAGACUCACCUCCCCCCAAGAACAUAGUGGAUGAGGUGUUUGGCGGCCGCCUCGUAAGCAAACUGCAAUGUUGCAACUGUGGUCACUGCUCUUUCACUUAUGAGCCCUUGAUUGAUCUGAGUUUGGAAAUUGAACAUGCCGAGAACCUCACUGCUGCUUUAGAAUCCUUUACCAAUGUGGAAAAGAUGGAAGAUCCUGAAUCGAAGUUCAGGUGCGAGAACUGCAAAGAGGAUGUCUCUGUAGAGAAGCAGCUUCUUGUGGAAAAGGAACCUACUAUUGCUGCAUUGCAUCUGAAACGAUUCAAGAGUGAUGGGCUCACUGUUGAGAAAAUUGAUAAGCACGUGCCUUUUCCCCUAGAGUUGGAUCUUCGGCCCUUCAUCAAUGGCCAUGAAAGUGAUGUGGAGCUGAAGUAUCAACUAUAUGCGAUUGUGGUGCAUACUGGAAUCUCGCCUACUUGGGGUCAUUACUUUAGCUUCAUUCGAUCCUCUCCCGGAGUAUGGCACAAAUUCGAUGACCAUAAGGUUGUUAAGUUCGAGGAGGAAUUCGUCCUAUCUCAGGAUGCCUACAUUCUGUUCUAUGCAAAGCAUGACAUUCCUUGGUUUUCAAGUUUGAUGGAAGAUCGGAAGAUCGAAUCUGAUCUUAUUUCGGAGACUUCCCCUAAGUCAGUUCUUGACAAAGUCGACACUCCCUACACUUUUCCGGCCAUUCCCAAUAUGGAGAACUCCACCUUUCCUGUGGCUGUGACUGUUCACAAGUCCACUGGCAUCUCUGCCCCAAUGUCAGCUCUUGACAAAGCUCACUCUCCCGACAGACCAAACCCAUCCCUUUCCAAAUUUGAGAACUCCACAUUUCAUGAAACUGCUGGCACUGCCUUGGGAACCUCUGCCUCAUUGUACUCAGGAAAUUGUGGUAACACGGCUAUGAAUGAAGCUGGAGUUGAUGAAUAUGGGUCUAAUGAGUGCAGAAAUGAAAGCCGCCAUCUGAUGGAAAAUUUAUUUGUCAAAGAGAAACAAGGCACCGCCGGUGCCUCUGAUGGAGAUGAUCGUGGCAAUCACAGAGAGGAUGAGCUUGAAACGGAUGAGAAUUUCCAUCCUCUUACACCAUCGGAGCCUUCAUCUCCAGAAUCUUCUCAUACAGGCAAAAAAUAUCCAGAAGCGAGCAACAGGCCAAGCACAAUGCGGCAUCACAGGAAGAUUGAGCGGUCGAGUUGCAGGAAACAGCUGAGCAAGACGCUAGAGAACGCGAAGAAGAAGGAAGCUCUGAGGUAUAUGAGAGGGAUGCCAUUGGGUAGGGCCACGCAGUUUGUCCAUGCCAUGCUUGGUCCUCGAAGCCCCAAGUCGAAGAAGAAGCAGGCAAAGCGGAGGCUGGGUGCAUCUCUCUGCGAAAGGACUAGCCCUUCGAGUGCUAGUCAAAGGUCUAGGUCUAACCAACCCUUAUUACCUCCUCCAGUCCUCUGAUCAGUCAUUCUUUUUGGACCUUUUGAGACAGUCUCUGUUUAUUGGAUUCGUGAGAUGUAAAGAGUAAUCGAUAAUCUUGUUAAAGGCUUUAUCUAGUCUUAGAGCUGCCUGCUGCUCCCUUUUCCUGUCGAAGACGGAAGUUUGAGGAUGUAAAUUGGGCUAAUUUCUGACUCAAGCAAUGGAUCUUCAGGUUUUACUAGGAA